AAAAAAAAAAAAAAGGGAUUUUCAUUUUUCUAGAGAGAGAGAAAGCAUCCUUUUCUUUUGUCAAAGUUUCUAGAGCGAGAAACCCAAACCAAAAAACGAUUUUUUUUAAAUUUUAAAUAAUAUUUUCCAUUUUUAAAUAGAUUUUCCCCUGUGGAACAAGGAGAGAGAAAGCGCCUGCCGCUAAAUUCGGCGGAGAUUUUAGUGGUAGUGCCACCUUGCUAACUUGCACCAGCUCUGCCCACUGGAUAUUGCUAAAUUACGCUGGGCGGCCAUUUUUUUCUCUUUGUUUUUGCUCAUUUACCCCUUGCUUUGACCGUAUAUUUACAAGAUUCUGGCGGGUUUGAUUUUGUUAUAUUGUUGCUGUUUUUGUUUUGGAGUGAACUGGGUUAAGCUUGACUUGACCAAAGUUUUUAUCUUUGGUGUAUUUUUUUUUUCCUUUUGCAUUGUUAUUGUUUGUGAGGAAGAAAUGGGUGACAAUGAAGAAGGUAACGCUGAUGUGAUGCAAAGGAUUCAGUCUUCAUUCGGAACAUCGUCAUCUUCAAUUCCUAAACAACAUUUAUCAAUGAACCAUCUUGAAAUACCUCAGUUGAAUCCUAAUGAAAUCAGGGCUGCUAGAAAUUUCUCUCAUUUUGGCCAAAACUUUAAUGGUGGUGCUGAUGCUACUAAUAAAAGAGUUGGUAUCCCUCCUUCGUACCCUAACCAGAUCCCACCCAUUUCACCUUAUUCACAGAUCCCCGUGUCCCGCCCGUCAAACCAGCAAAUGGGUUCUCAGAGCUUUAGUCCGGGACCUACUCAUUCUCGGUCUCUGUCUCAGCCUUCUUCCUUCUUUUCACUUGAUUCAUUGCCCCCCUUAAGCCCUGCCACGUUUCGUGAUUCUUCACCUAUGGCGGUUUCAGACCAAAUUUCCACUGAUGUGUCUAUGGAAGAUAGGGAUGCAGCUUCGCAUUCUUUGUUGCCACCCUCGCCUUUUUCUAGGGGUAAUUCUCCACGGGUUGGAGAGAGUUUGCCCCCUCAAAAAUCACAUAGGCGGUCUAAUAGUGAUAUUCCAUUUGGAUUUAAUAUGAUAUUACAAUCUUCGCCAUCUCUUAUUCCGUUAGGAGGGGCCGGUGGUUUGCAACGAUCGGUGUCUGGUAAGGAAAAUUCGGGAGUGCCUAAGCCAGCCCAGUUGGUGAAAAAGGAAACGAGUUGGGAGAGAGGUGCUGAUGGCAAUGUGGAAGGAAUGGGUGAGAGGAAAUCAGAAGGGGAAGUCGUGGAUGAUUUGUUUUCUGCUUAUAUGAAUUUGGAUAAUAUUGAUGCGUUGAAUUCUUCUGAUAAUAAGAACAUUGGUAAUGAGAAUCAUGAAGAUUUGGAUAGCAGAGCAAGUGGAACAAAGACCAAUGGAGGUGAUAGCAGUGAUAAUGAAGCUGAAAGCAUUGUGAAUGAAAGUGGGAACAAGGCACCACGGGGUGGAAUAAAUUCAACUGAGAAGAGGGAAGGGAUCAAAAGGAGUGCAGGAGGAGAUAUUGCUCCGAGUGGUAGACAUUAUAGAAGUGUUUCCAUGGAUAGUUUUAUGGGGAAGUUGAAUUUUGGUGAUGAGUCUCCAAAAUUACCACCUUCACCUGGAACUCGUCUUGGACAACUCUCGCCUAGCAAUUCAAUUGAUGGGAAUUCUGCUGCCUUUAGUUUGGAGUUUGGAAAUGGUGAGUUCAGUGAGGCUGAAUUGAAGAAAAUUAUGGCGAAUGAAAAGCUUGCUGAGAUUGCAAUGACUGACCCAAAGCGUGCAAAGAGGAUUUUGGCAAAUCGUCAAUCAGCUGCCCGUUCUAAAGAACGGAAGAUGCGGUAUAUUUCAGAGUUGGAGCACAAGGUUCAGACUCUGCAGACUGAAGCUACCACAUUAUCUGCUCAGCUAACACUUUUGCAGAGAGAUUCUGUUGGGCUGACAAAUCAGAACAACGAGUUGAAGUUUCGUCUUCAAGCCAUGGAGCAACAGGCACAACUUCGUGAUGCUCUAAAUGAAGCAUUAACUGCAGAGGUCCAGCGAUUAAAGCUUGCUACUCAAGAGCUACGUGGUGAUUCUGAUCCCUCCAAGGGCAUGGUUUCGCAGCAGCUUUCUGUUAACCACCAGCUGUUCCAGCUUAACAUUCCUCGUCCAUUCCAGCAGCAGCAGCCGGCACAGCCCCAACAGCAGAAUGUUAACACAACCGCAAAAACUGAGUCGAAUCAGUAGCCUGUGACUCUUGGAAGAGUUAAAAAGUCAAGAUGCGUAUUCCACUAUGUUAUUAUUCCGUAAUAUCUUUCACAUGCAUUCAUUCAUUAGUUUUCGAGCUCCAACUUCAAGGAGGUUUAUGGUUUGUGGUAAUUACUGUUCAACCUUGCAUCAAAUAUCCAUCCCGGAUCCUGGAAUGAAGUAACAUACAGCUUUAAUAAUCAUAGCUUUUAUUUAUUUAUGGUAGAUAAUCAUAUUGGAAUGUAAUCAUUAAGUUGACAUGAUUUGUUGCAUAAACAUUAGAAGAGUUGAUUCAGUUUUUUUUUUUUUU